UCCUGAAGUGGGCCACUCCACUCCACCCCCUCCUCUCCCCUCUCCUCCGGACCCACGCAUGGACUCAAGCAGCUUGAAAAGAAGGCAGUGAGGUAAGGCAACUUUUCAGAGGAGAGAUAAAUGGUGAAAGGGAAGUCUGCUGUUGGUUUCCUGGACUUGGGUGUUGGAGUUACAAUAGGAGGCAAUCCCCUUUUCCUGUGUGUGUUUUCUGUCCGCCCUCACCAGCGGGAGCAGGAACUGGGCUGAAGAAGACUUCUGGAUGCAGCAGCAAAGAGGAGGACCAGCCAAAAGAGGAGAAAGUGAUAAAACAGAGACAGGAGCAGCAGGAAUUGGACUGAGAAGACAGGGGGAAGACAGAGUCGGAAUCUAGAGGGACUUUUUAAAGAGCAGACAGAAGAAGUAAUAGGAGGUAAAGGGGACCAAAGAAGGAACUCACCUGACUCACUUCUCUGCUCUGCCAGGAGGAACAACUUCCUUCCUUCCCUCUCCUCCCUCCCUUCCCUUUCCCUCUCCCCUGACAUGGGCCGCCUGCUGGCCCUGACCCUUGCCCACCUGGCCUACCUGCUGGCCACCGUGAUCGCCUCGGAGCGCCAACAGCACCACGUGCAGCACGGCCCCUGCAGCUACACCUUCAUCCUCCCCGAGGUGGAGCACUGCCAUCCAUUAAAAGACUUCCAGGUCACCAACACCCUCCAGAGGGACUCCCCGCCUGAGGCAGAGCCUGAGUCAAGCCAAUCCAAGCCGGGAAAGGCCCAAAAGGAGAGGCCUUCCUGGCAGGAGAGGAAGCUCGAAAAUCUAGAGAGCGCCAUGGAGAAUAACACCCAGUGGCUGCAGAAGCUGGAGAACUUCAUCCAGGAGAAUGUGCGCUCUGGGAUGGAGGAAAUGAAAAGAACUGCGGUACACACCCAGACAGCUGCCAUGCUGGAGAUGGGAACCAACCUCCUCAGCCAAUCAGCGGAGCAGACUCGCAAACUGACAGACGUUGAGACCCAGGUGUUAAACCAGACAAGUCGCCUGGAGAUCCAGCUGCUCGAGUACUCGCUCUUUACUAACCGGCUGGAGAAACAUAUUCUCCUGCAGACUCAGGAGAUCUCACGCCUCAGUGAUAAAAACAGUUUUCUGGAGCAGAGGCUCUUAGCGCUGGAGGCUCGGUAUGGGAGGGAGCUGCAGGGCUUGCAGAGCGAAAAGCAGCAGCUUCAAGAGCUUCUGGAGAGGCAGAGUCGACUGGUCAGUCAGCUCCAGGGCGAACUGGGCAGCUCCACGCUCAACAGCACCUUACUACAGAGACAGCAGGCCGUACUCACGGACACGGUUCAGCAGCUGCUGGCUAUGGUCAACCACUGCAAUGAAAUCUCCAAUAUGCCCAAGGAGGAGCCGCUCAGUUUCAGGGACUGCGCGGAGAUCCUGCGAUCCGGAGUGACAGAGAGUGGAAUAUAUAGCAUACGCCUCCCGAACUCCACGCAGACUGUCAAGGUGUUCUGUGACAUGAAGACUAGCGGUGGAGGGUGGACGGUGCUGCAGCAUCGGAGAAAUGGCUCCGUAAACUUCCACCGUGUCUGGAGGGACUACAAAAUGGGCUUUGGAGAGCUGUCUGGGGAACACUGGCUGGGGAAUGAUAUCAUCCACAGGCUGACCAGCUCGCAGGAAUACAGUCUGCAUGUCCAGCUAAAAGACAGAGAGGGGAACGAAGCUUUCUCGCAUUACGAUCGCUUCUACAUAGAUGGAGAGGACAACAACUACAGCCUUCACGUCGAGGGCUUCAGUGGCACAGCUGGACGGACAAGCAGCCUCACCCACACUGGCACCCAGUUCAGCACCAAGGACAGAGACAACGACCGCUGCACCUGCAAGUGCGCUCAGCUCGCAUCUGGAGGUUGGUGGUUUGAGGCUUGCGGUCCAUCCAACCUGAAUGGCAUAUAUUACCCCAGCUCAUCCAGUGUGAUUCGCUACAACGGUAUUAAGUGGUACUAUUGGAAGGGUCCUAACCUGAUGGCGACCAUGACAACCAUGAUGGUGCGCCCAGCAAACUUCUGACGGCAUGGCUUGGCCUCCAAUCAAUAUAAUGAACAAUAUCCAGGAAAAUGUAUAUAUUGGGAGGAAAUUCGAAUCUGACUGUUGAUACUUCAAGCUUCUGGACAUUUUGAAGCACGGCUUUGGCAACUACCUGAGGACACGCGCCGACUUUGAGCAAAUGACUGUGGUUUGAGUGAAUUCCUGAGUGAGAAAUUCAAUCAACAAUAUCAUUCACAAAGUUGCCCAGAUAUUUUAAUAUGGACAACUUGGACAGGAAGAAGGUAUGAGCUUUUCUACAAAUUACAAAACACAACUGAUCACAUCAUAUUUUAACAUAUGAUCAGUAACUCAACUUCAAAUAAAAUUCAACUGAUUAAUGGAUAAACUCUUAGAGACACUUUAUAGCAAUAUCUAUUUUCAUAUCAAAGUCUGAGAAUGCGUCUGUUUGUUUGCUGUAAAUAAAUAUGACUAAACUGCAA